AAGAAGGUCGCAGUUUCGUUUUCUUCCGAGAGGAACCCUAAUUUCACAUACUCAAUAAUUUUGUUUCGGCGCCAGCUCCCUAAAUAGGAGCCGAAAUGGAGAGGUUGAUCAAGGGCGAUUCCGUAUCGACGAGGAGGAAGAGGAAGACAACGAGUAUGAUGGAGGAGAAGAAGAAACAGAAGAAGAAGCUCACAUCAUCGUCGUCACUUCCCUAUGAUUUGCUAGUGAUGAUCGUGGCACGCGUUCCAAGAUCGUACUAUCGGACUUUGUCACUAGUCUCCAAGAGCUUCCGAUCUAUGGUGGUUUCACCUGAGCUUUACAAGGUUAGGUCACUCUUGGGCCUCACGGAGACUUGUCUCUAUGUUUGCUUGAGGUUCGGGUUUAGUUCUUAUAAGUGGUACACCCUCUCCAAGAAGAGUAGUGGCGGCUACGUUUUGGCUAGAGUCUUAAUGCUCGAUGAUGAUUCUCCUCGUAUGUUGGGUUUGUAUUAUUCAGAUCUUGUGGCGGUUGGUUCUGAUAUCUACAACAUUGGCGUAGCAGAUAAAAAUAAAACCAUGCCCACCUCUGGGGUCUCGAUUCUUGAUUGCAAGACUCACAGGUGGCGUAAGUCUCCUCCACGCAUGCCAGUGGAGCUAACUGAACUUUCUGCCAGGUUCCUUGAUCGCAAGAUAUAUGUACUCGGACGACGCUUCCAUCAAGAUGAUGGUUCCUGGAAGAGCUCCUUCGAGGUAUUCAACACAAACACCCAAACUUGGGAUCUCCCUUCCUGUGGUGGUUUUGAUAGCGCCAGAUUCAAUUAUCUUAUUGACGGAAAGCUCCACGUGGUGACUUUAUUCGAUGGCGUGUUUGCUUUCGAUUCAAAGCAAUGUAGAUGGGACCUGCUUGAACAAUAUCCAAGCACGGGGAUUAUGUGCCCAGGUUCUUUCUGCGAGGUUGAUAAUGUUCUCUACUCUGUUUCUGAAGACGGAGCUCUGACAUGGUAUGACUCCGACCAGACAAGCUGGAGAGAUUUGAACGGUUUGGUAGCCCUACCUAAGUUGCCUAGUCCUCUUGAUGGUUAUGGUUCUUAUGUUAAACUGGCGGGUUACGGUGGUGGAAAGAUGGUGGUUUUCUGGAAUUGCAAUUUCAGUACUCACCGCCUGUUUCAAAGGGAUACCAUGUAUUGUGCCGAGAUAGCCCUUGAAAGACGCAAUGGAGAUUGUUGGGGCAAACUUGAGUGGUUUGAUACUAUGCUCACAGUCCCUGUGGGAACCAAGUUUGUUAAGGUUCUUGCUGUAACUCUUUGAAUGAUGAUGAUGAUGAAUGUGGUGGUGUCUUUCUUUAACCCUUUAUUUUGUUUUGGAAUGGCUUUUUCAAAAUUCUAAUUAAGUCUCUCUGCUCCUUGUUCUCUUUUACAUC